AUGAAGUCCCAAACUUUUCUCCAGGUAGCUUUCACACUGGCUAGUGUCGGUCAAGCUCGACCUACUCAAUCGAGCCCCGGCACUAUCGAAGGCUGGAACGACACCCACGACCGUGCCGGUAACAAGCGCUCCGGCGGCUCCGUCGAGGGCUGGAAUGAUACCCAUGACCGUGCUGGUGACAAGCGCUCUGACAAUGGUAUCGAGGGCUGGAACGAUACCCACGACCGUGCCGGUAACAAGCGCUCCGGCGGCUCCAUCGAGGGCUGGAACGACACCCACGACCGUGCUGGGCAGUUCACCUCUGACUGCGGCAUGGAAACAAUGACGACUAUCCCGGGAGAGCGCCAGUAA